AUCACUCUGGCAACCCACCCUCGGCCGCGGCAGGUGGGACUCACCUGCAGCCGGAUUGGCGUGCGCGCGGGCCGGCCGGGGCGCAAUGACUUUAGCCGGGGGACUCCUCCCUCCACGGCAGCAGAAGCGCAUGCGCGUGACAGCCUGCGAGGACCUUUGUGUCCAGGAUCUGGGGCUACGCAGCCGCGAGCUGCAGGGCAUGGCGACUGCCGUCACCUCAGCGGAGGCAGGAGCCAGCAUGGAAGUGACCGGCAUCAGUCCGCUCGUUUCAGCGCUGCAGAGCAAUCAGAGCCGGAGGGGCGGGAGCCGUCAAUGCCAUAGAGAGGGCGUCUGCUCAAGCAGGGGCGGUGGCGGCCGUCAGGGGCGGUGGAGGUCUGCCUGCGGCGCCGUCAUCACCGGGGAUCUCAGCAGCCCGGCAGCCUGCACAGCCGAGCCCCGACAGCCCCCUGAUCAUGGAAACGCGCUCGGCACCGAGUCGGUGGCGGCAUAGAGGCUGGCUGUUUCAGGACACAACACGAGACAGUUUUUGGACAGCAGUGGACUUGAGAAUAUCUGCAACAGCGCAAUAUGACGUUUGCCAUUGAUGGUUGAGUUUGCGGUCAUGUUAGCGCUCCGGAUCCGACGGAGUCACAGGCUUGAAACUUGUAAUCCACCAUUUCUCUGC